UAGAUGGGAGUAUUAUAAGAAAAAAAAAUAAGAAUUAGUGAAGGGGAAUGGUAUUAGAAGAUACUCCGGGACCCGUGUGAGGUGGUCAGGGAACCCUGCAUGUGAGCUGUUCAUCCUUUGGAUGUGCUAGAGAGAGAUGACACAUGGAGGAAGCUCCUCCACACCCCUGGAGGAUACCCACACAGUCUCAGUCUCACGGCUUCCAGAGGCCUGUUUGGGUGCCCUUUUAGGGUUUCCUGUGUGACUUGGGGCUUGAUCACAGGUUUUGAUUUCUCCAUUUCCCAUUUCAUAAGUGAAGAGGACGCCACAGAAAGAGCGCCCAGUGUCCACGCACUCCACACUGGCAAUGGCAAGUCACUGAAGCCAUGACAGGAGCAGAGAAGAACCAUGCUCCGCUUGGGCUGGGUAUUCAUUUGCUUUGUUGCAGGAAAGCAGACCUCGGGAUUUGAUCACUCAGCUUGUGCCACCAAAAGAGUUCUCUGGACAUAUCCCGUGAAGGGUGCAGAGGAUUUUGUCCUAUUUUGUGAUUUACCAGAGCUUCGGAAGCCACAGGUCUCCCUUAUAAGUCAACUGUCACCAGCACAAGGCUCUGCCCACACACGCUGUAGUGGUGAUCAGGACCUAUCUGACGUCCAGUGGUACGUGCAACCUCCAAGUGGAGGUCCAUUAGAGGAGAUCGGUAGACACUCUCCUUACGUGCAGACCAAAGGCAUGCUGCAUAUAUUGACCCCACCGAUGAACAAUGCUGGGUCAUAUAUCUGUAGACCCAGGAUUAGGAGUCCCCAGGAUAUGGCUUGUUGUAUCAAAACCGUCUUAGAACUUAAGCCUGAGAGAAAUGUGUCCUGUGGGAAGCCAGCAGGGUACAAACAAUACCUAUUUCUUGGAAGCACGGGCUCCAUUUAUUGCCCCGGUCUCAGUUGCCAAAGUGAUGCACAGAGUCCGAAGAUGACCUGGUACCAGGACGGAAGACUCUUGCCUGAGUAUAAGAACAGUAUCAUUAAGUUGGCUGCCGUUUAUGACUAUCACCAGGGCUUGUAUGUGUGCGAUUACACUCAGUCGGAUAACUCGAGCUCCUGGACAGUCCGAGCUGUGGUUCAAGUGAGAACCAUUGUUAAGGACAUCAACCUGAAACCAGACAUCCUGGAUCCCAUCACAGACACUCUGGAAGUAGAACUUGGAAAGUCCCUGACUCUAUCCUGCAAAGUCCAGUUUGGCUUCCAAAGAGACUUCCAGCCUGUAAUAAAGUGGUACGUCAAAGAGUCUACUCAGGAGUGGGAAUUCAAAGUGUUUGAGGAGAAAUGCAUUCAAUCCAACUACAAGAACAAAGUCAUUGAGCACACCAUCUUCCUGAGAGAAGUCACUCAAAGAGAUCUUAGCAGGAAGUUUGUUUGCUUUGCCCAGAACUCCAUCGGGAACACAACACGGACCAUCCAGCUGAGGCAGAAGGAGGGGGUGGUGUUUGUCUACAUCCUCCUUGGCACAGCCUUGAUGCUGGUGGCCAUUCUGACAGCAGCAGCUUUUCUCUACUGGUACUGGAUUGAAAUAGUCUUGCUGUGCCGAGCCUACCAGAGCAAGGAUGAGACUCUGAUGGACAAGAAGGAGUUUGAUGCCUUUGUAUCUUAUGCAAACCGGAGCUGUCCCGAGAGCGGAGCCACCGGAUCACUGAGUGAGGGACACUUGGCCUUGAGUCUUUUCCCGGAAGUGCUAGAAAACAAAUAUGGAUACACCCUGUGUUUGCUUGAAAGGGACGUGACUCCAGGAGGAGUGUAUGCGGAUGACAUCGUGGACACCAUUAAGAGGAGCCGAAGAGGAAUAUUCAUCCUGAGCCCCAGCUAUGUCAAUGGACCCCAUGUCUUCGAACUUCAGGCAGCAGUGAGCCUUGCCUUGGUUGACCAGACACUGAAGUUAAUUUUAAUCGAGUUCUGCUCCUUCCAAGUACCAGAAUCUCUGCCGUAUCUAGUCAGAAAGGCCCUCAGGGUCCUCCCCACUGUCACGUGGAGAGGCCUGAAAUCGGUCCAACCCAGUUCCAGGUUCUGGACCCAGAUAUGUUACCACAUGCCUGUGAAGAACUCCAACAGGCUUAUGUGCAAUCGGCUCAGAAUUAUCCCGAGGGGGUUUUCCCCUGAAAAGGACCAGGCAAGACAGAAACCACCGGGAGGGACACCCGGCUCAGGGGAUGGCCGCGGGGCCAGGGACCUCCUCCUCCCCACCCACCAGAAGAGGUGCUGAUGGGCAGAACGUGCUGUGCGGGUCAGGCUGGUGGGAAACUGAGUCACCCUUCUUUCAGUACCAAGAAGGCUUGGCGGGCAGGGGGACGAAACAGUGAGUGUGAGUUAGGGUCUGAGUGCUUGGAAUGAUCACAUAGAGAGUGUGUGACACAUCAGACCUCUGCAUAUACUCGGUGCACACUCCGAGUAGCCUGAGCAGAAUCAGCGGGGAUAGCUGCUCCUCCUGUAUGGCCAUGGGCUGCCCACUAUGUCUGCACACCUGUUUCUGUACCGUGUGUGAAUGCAUCCUGUGUGUGUGUGUGCAUGCAAUCAGGUGAGUAUGGUUUUAUUUUAUUAGAUAUGAGUGAUUGAAACUCUAUCUAAUGCUUUUCUGUAAGGAAAUCUUUGCUGCGCCUUUAACCAUCAAUGCUGAUGGACAGAAAGGAAACAUAAAUGGUGAGCACUAGAUAGAUAGGCUCUCCAGAGCUCUUGUGGGAAAUGACUUCUUCGAAGGCAUGGACCAGGUGCAUGUCUCUAGACCUGCGGUUUGAUAUUGUGCAUGGAAAUCCACCGCUGGCAGAAAGCAUCGUGACUGGCAAGUGCAUUUAGAGAACUCAUCCCCUGUUCCAGUUUAGAACGGUGGUCAUUCCCUCUGUGGUUGACUGACGGGCUGGGUGACAGCUGCGCUCUCUGCCCUGCUCAGUACAGAAGGAGGAGGCCACAUCACAAGUCACCAGCUCCAGAAAAAUACAGGCUCGACAUCCAGCAUGUCAAGAGAUUCGAGUCAAGUUCUCCUAGGUUGUGGAUAGCAUGGACAGCCUUCCCACUGGGGAGGUGGGGUCUGCAGGAUUUAGAUUUAGCAACAGGAUGGAGCUGAUUACAGUUUCUCCUUUGUACAGAGAACUUUCAUGCAGAAAUCAAAGUAGAUAGCUUACCCUGAGUAAGUAGGACUAGAAGUAGGGACUAAUUAGGCACAGGUCAAUAGUUCAAUUAAGGGACAAAGAAUCGACUAUUAGUUGCCUACAAACUGGAGAGGCGGCAAUAGUCAAGGUGAGGGUUUGGGGCAUAAAUGCACACAUCCAUUGGCAAACAAGAAAAAGUGGGUACCACACCUUUGUAUGAGCUGUUUGCCUGCUUAGGGCGGUCCCUCCUCUGCAAGUAUACAGACUGAGCCGUCUUUGUUUAAGUCUUCCUUGGUAACAAGAUGAUAUGCUUAAGGGCCAGGCCAUCAUUUAAUUAGCAAGGUGAAUUUCGUUCUCAUAAGUUGAACUGCAGCUAAAAUAGGGUUAUAGCUUGGUGCAGAUGUUUAUGACCUUAGAACACUGCCUUUCCUGUCAGAACAGGGUGGUUCAUCGUGUGGGCAGUAAAGGGCUUCCAUGUAUGUCAUGAGGAGCAUCCACUGGGGACCAAAUGAGGUUCACAUGCAGAGCGGAUCAGCUACUGCCAUCUGGCCACUUGGUGUGUGUGUGUGUGUGUGUGUGUGUGUGUGUGUGUGUGUGUGUGUGUGAAAUGCUCUUCGGGUCCUUCUUCACAGAGGUCCCACAUCACAGGAACCACCGUGGCUUUGGCAGGAAGCAGCAUCCUCGUUGGAAAUCUCAGAGUCGAAGAGGAGGCAAAGGGUAUAAAUUAUGCCGGGAGGAAGUUUCUUUUGGGAAGGAUCACAGUGGGGAGGAACCCAUACUUGUUGAACCACUAUACCCUGGCUAUGGCCAGGUUUCCUGCCAGCCUCUCUCGACUCAGAAACCUCUUGUGGCCAGCGCAGCCAGGCUUAUCUUGUUCCAAGAUAACUGAGUUCCCAAGGGUCCCAGAGAGCUCCCUGCCUCUGGCUUCACUGUGCUGAGGAGACUUGUACAUACGUGGGAGCAGAUAUACCCAGUCCGUGUUUGUAGAAUACCCUCUUUCCCUUAGCUACGUCCAAUAAAGACGACACAUUUGCUUUUA